UCAAUUGACAUGGACUUGAUUUCAAGAUGGAGUCUCGCGCAACGGUGAGAUGUGGCAGUCAGCGGGGCGCACAAAAAAUGAAAAUAUUGAGAAGAACUGUUCUUCUUGGGGUGUGUUUGCUGUCUUUGACCGGAUGCGAAGCUACUACCCACUGGCUAGUCACAGAAGAAGGCCUGAUAACUCAACAGCUCAACUCGCACUUCAACAUGAGGGAGCCCUACAACUUCAUCUCCUUCCUCAAGCAAGGCAGGCGCGGCGAGAGCGUCCGGGAGCUAGAGCUGGAACUGGAGCGACAAAAGUCUGAGAUCGAAGCCAACGAGGAUAAAGACUUGGACUUGGAGCAGAGAUUUCUGAAGACAGACAGUGACUGCGUGGCUGCGCAGGAACCGCUGGCCCAGCAGAACCUCUACCCUACUGUCGUGGUACCCCUGUUCCUCAAGAGUAUCAAGGCUAAAGAUUUUCUAGACACUAGCGGUCCUCUGGAAGUCAGCCGAAACGCCAUGCCCAACUGCACCAAGCUGUUCUAUCUCCCUUUCAGCAUGCAUGCUUAUGACCAUCUACAGGGCAUUCAGGAAAGGCAUAGUUUAACCGAUUUUGUGGAAGAGAACGUUGGCGACCAGCUGAAGGGAGUUGGGCCUGAAGGACAGACUGGUCGACUGCUUUACAGGGCCCUCAAACGGAAUAAGACUUCAUGGGAGCUGUACACGCUGGCUACCUUCUACUGGCGUGCCAUGGGCAACUCUCUGCAAGUCAUUGAGUGCGGACGUAGGGCCUUGCACUUUGCAUCACAUAAAGACAAGAACAUAGCCUUAGUCAACAUGGCCAGCGUGCUGCAUCGCAGUCACCAGUCAGCGUCUGCCGCCGUGAUGGCACACGCCGCCCUGGAGGCAGGACAAGAGGUGCCCAAGCUGCACGUACUAUUGGGCAGCAUAUAUGCCACCAUUGGGGAGUAUGACCUGUCCGUCUACCACUUUGAGCAAGCCAUUGAGCUGGGCCUCCCAGAGACAUGCUGGCCCCAGCAGCGCAUCCACGCCGUGCGAUGCCAUCAAAAGCUGGAGCAGGCAUUGGAAGCACAGCACAUGUCCCUGCAACGAACGCUGUCGGAGCUGCAGGACUACAAGACCAAACAGGACGAGUUUGAGCAGACUCAGAAAAAGAUGAAGAUUGCGCAGCGCCGGCCGGAGGACCAGUUCGAGUCUAAUCUGAGCUACCACAGGCACCGGCUCAUGAGGGGCAUGGUGGAUAACCCCCAUUGUGAGGUCACAGACAUUGAGGAUGGCCCCCAGUUUGUCAUGUGCACCCAAGGCACCCCGCCUGAUCUCAGUGUCUUCGGGAUGGCCCUGGAUGAAGAAGAGGAAAUAGAGGUGGUGGACACGUCUAGCAUUCGCAACAACUGUCUUCAGCUCCCCAAUGGGGAGGAAAGUUGCUUUAACCUGAGCGCUGGGCUCCGACGCAGCUACACCACAUUUUUCACUCGGGGCAGCGCCCCUCCGCUCCCCUGGAACAGAGUGGACUGGCCCAGCGACGCGGACUGCCAGAAUGUGCCGCACGAGCUGCCUGACUGGAGUAAAUACGCACCAACACACUUUCCACCAGAAAACAAAGGACUCAGAGUUUCCCAUCUAGUCAACGAGAACCUGAACCUCUUCAAGGAUGACAUCCACCCGUUGCCAUGGUUCCCGCCCGUCUGCGUGACCGUGGAAGAGUUGAAGGACGGCAGCACGGCCAUGGACUACGUCGACAGCAUUACCAAGAGGGGGGAGAUACCCUUGACGGAUACUAUCAAGAGUUUGAGCCCGCAACUGCUGGCCUACGUCAACAGUGACCAGGCCAGUGAAGAGGAAUUGUCCCAGCGAGUCCUGACUGCGUUUGAAGAACCCAAGAAUGCCAAUGAGAAAUGGCUGAUAUUCAACCUGGCCGGUUUCUACUGGCUCAUGAUCGGUAACAACUACCACGGCAUCGAGUGCCUGCGCCGAGCGUUGCACCGCGCUCCCGUGGAAUACGCCGACGUGCCAUUGGUCAACGCAGCUAGCGUCUUGCUCAACGCCAGGCGGGCAGAAGACGCCGUGCAGUUGCUACGGAUGGCUCUGGUCGUCAACAGCACGGAGCCAAUCACACACUUCGUCUUGGCCAAUGCCCUGGCGGCCAGCGGCAACCUGGACGCCGCUGCAAACGAGUUUGCCGUGGCUCUGACCUUUAACCCCAAGGAUCAAUAUCUCAACACCUUGAAGCAGCUCAAGUGUUUCCAGAAACAGGAGGAACUGACAGCCCGGCAGGCUCAUGACGAGGAGGUCGAUGCCAAAGGUCAAAGGUUACAGCAACGCCAGAGUCGCACGGUGUGCUCCCAGGGUAGCAAAGGGGAGAGGCAGUGCCAGACUGAGACCCGCACCAGGGAGUUUGUGCCGCGGGAGACGGGGGACUACUCCAAGGGGGAGGACAAACGGGGAGAGAAACCCCGCAAGGCAGCAGGAACUCCACUGCAUAACUCCCCAAGUCAAGACGGAGACGAGGGUGAAAGCUUUGUUAGCGUUGACAUGGUAACGCAUCCACCAGGGAUCAAUGUCGACCAGUCACAGGUGGUCAAUUUAGAGACUACACUACAGCCUGGUUCCGUGUUAAAACUGAAUUUCAAGGAUGGAGAGCUUCAGGACAGUGAGUUAGUACCGCCCCCUGCGUCAGGUCCCAACAUCCCUGCCGCUAAACCCUCGCCCACUGUGGAUGUGAGUGACCUGAAUAACUUGACAAGGCUGCCCUGGCCCACGCUGCACGAUUGCCAGAUGUACAAGAAGGUCAACUUGAACAUGUUCUACACCACCUGGGUCUCGGUUACCGCCAAAAAUGUCAAAAUCGAGGAGCACAUAGAUUUCCAAGCCAAGCUACCCAGCAAGUCGCUGGAACCGGUCUGCGAGGCAGAUGUCGGAACCAGCAUGCACACCCUAGACCACCUUGAGGGCAUGGCGGGACGGGAGGAGCUGCAGUACACAGCGGAGCAGGGACUGGACGAGGCGCUGGAGUUUAUGAGAUCAGAAGAUAAGCCCAUGUCUAUCACGGUGGCAGGGAAGAGGAUCGCACUGGCACUUCGGAAAAAUUCAACAUCAUGGGUACUGACUAAUCUGGCGGCCGUGUAUUGGCGACGGGCUGGGAACGCAGUGAACGCCCUGAACUGCCUCCGGGUGGCGCUUCACUACUCAGACUACAAAGUCAAGGAUCUUGCCCUGAUCAGCAUCGCCAAUAUCUUCCACCGCUCCGGCAUGAUUGACAACGGCAUCACAGUGGCUCAGAUGGCCUGGGAGAUCUCCAGCGAGUUUGUGCUCUGCCACUUCACGCUGGCAAACCUCUACGCUGCCAAGCGCCAAUUUGACAAGGCCAUCCAGUUGUACGAGUCUAUGAUCCUCUUCAACACGUCAUUCAGCCCCGCGGAGGAGCGGCUCAAGACCAUCAAGUGUGCCGUGCUGCAGAUGACGAAAGGCAAUCCUGCGUCCAUGCUGGGCAAGUCAUAGCUGGAAAAAGGUCAAAGGGCAACACUGGUACCCAAUCCUUAACACAUUCAUCAGGAAAGUGCGCCAGAAAUCACCACAACUUCCCCAAAGUGUGAGGGUUCUGGCAUAACGAGACAGAACUGGGCAAAGGCUGUAGUGGAAAAAAAUGCCCCCCCCCCCAAAAAAAAAACAACCAUGGGGGUGAUUUGUUUUAUUUUCACAUUUAUUGUUAUUUGUAAAGUUUGAUAUGUGUACUACACAUAUGUUAAGGAAAUAGUAUACAAAUCAUGUAAUAAAUUUGUUAACAUCUCAUUUUCACGACUUCAAAGAGAACUUUAAAGACCUCUUUCUCGGUAUCUAACUUUUUGCACAUGUCGAUAAAUGCAAACUUUCAACAGCCAUAACUUGUUAAUGGGAUGUCCUAUUGAAGUGCAACAAACGGCAUUGCAAGGGAAUUUUAUUCUCUUUCCUAAUACAAACAAACCCUCAUUUCGACCUCUGCCCAGUUCUAACUCAUUUUGCCCGAACCCCUCACAUAAAUACUCGUUCUCAUAACUCCUCAAGACUUUUGACGGAAUGCAAAUUCAACUGACCCCUUGCACAGAGCCACCUCAAUAUGGAUACUUUGUUGUUUAAAUUCAAUGACAGUGAAAGUACAAAGUGUUAACUCAUGCAAAUCAAAGA